UGCGCGGCGGCGGGUCUGGCAUCAGUGUCCCCGAUGUUUUGGAUGCGGGGCGGCUGAGGAGGAGCCUUGCAAUAUGGCAAUGUAUCUCUGUUGUUUCCGGCAACUGUGUGGCACUUCACCCAGGGCGAGUGUGCCCAUUAAGACCACGCCCACCAUCAUCCUCGACACAGGCUAUAUGGGCCAUGAAGUUGUGAUUGUAAAAAAUGGCAUCAGGAUCUGUGGAACCGGUGGGGCACUGGGUAACAUACCAAUCCUACAGAACAAAGCAUAUUUUGAAGUGAAGCUCCAGCAGUCAGGGGUGUGGGGUAUAGGAAUUGCAACGAGGAAUGCCAAUCUCAAUAAAGUUCCCCUUGGAGAGGACUCGCAGUCGUGGGUCUUAUGUUCCGACGGCUGCGUGCGACACAAUGGCGAGGAGAAGUACAAAAUUGCUGAUAUUCCCCAGGAAGGAGAUAUUCUGGGUGUCAGUUAUGACCAUGUUGAACUAAACUUCUAUAUCAAUGGGAAACCAACCAACACACCAGUCACAAGUUUUAAGGGUACUGUGUAUCCAGUCCUAUAUGUUGACGAUGGUGCUAUUAUGGAUGUAAUAUUCGAAAACUUUAGCCAUGGACCUCCACCAGGAUACGAUUCCAUAAUGGUUGAGAAAUCUCUAUUGGAGAAUGAUUAGUGCACUGUCUCUAUAGAAUAUUAUUUUAGAUUUAUUUUCUAUGUGCUGCUGUCCAUCUGUUUUUUGGAUACGUAUGUUCUAUCCAGUGAUUCUUUGUUAUAACUACCCAUGCUUUUUGAGAAAAUUUAAUGUAGAAUGAUUGUCUUCUGUGUUUAUUUAUGCUUCUUUUUCAUCUUCUAUUUCAUAUCUGGUGAUUGAUGUAGUUAGAUACAGCUAUUGAUUAGUUGUUAUUGUGUUUUGAGUCUUUCCCUUUACUUUUUUCUCUGUAUGUCUUUGAUUCAUUGUUGAAAGUUCUUGUUAUGUUAGAUCUAGCAAAAAGAAAAUGUGAAAUACUGUCAUUUCUAAGCAGGAAUAAUUAUCUCAUAAUUUAUUUUUUCUAUUUUUGUGUUUUAUUUCUCUCCAUCUAUGAGAUCUGAUUUUUUGGUAGCAUAUUCACAAACUCACCUGAUUUACAAGUACAUUGUCAAGGGAUGCCUUACUUUUGCUUAAUGAAACCAGUAUCCAAAAUAGAAACAGGCAGACAGAUAAGUGUACAGCUUUAAAGUGAGUAUGGAUAUCAAAUGCGCUUCCCACUCUACACCCAGAAAUUCUUUUUACUAAUACAAAUCCCCACUGACACCAUACAUACAUGCAACUCUUUGUACACAAUAAAGGGAUGUUAAUCUCUUCACAAUUUAUUGCACUGUACUUUUCAAUGUUAAUUUUGAGAUGCAAGAAGCUAGUCUAUUGGAACAGGAUCAUGUGACUGUCUGUGAUUGGUUUAAAGAAUGAAGAAUAAGCAAUCGUAUUAUGAUGGUCUCUUUGUUGUGACUGUAAUGUUAAUUUUUAGACUCAUUCAGGGUUAGUGUCCAUUAUGAUCUGUUCUAUGAAAGUAUUUUUAUAUAAUAGGUAUAUUAAGGAUUAUUUUGUGGCUGGUUAAUUAAUCUUUGUGCUACUAUUUGUCCGUCAAAAUGACUGUGGUUAAUCAGCUUCCGUUUCCAAAAUGGUUGAUUCUGUGAAUUAAAAUACGUAAUUUAAAGUAAUGACAGCGUUCAUGUUCUUGAUUUAUGUUACUAUCACAGGAAUGGUGAUGAUGUGUUGUAUAAAAUGAAGAAAUUUGAGGGUAUUCCUUUAUUUUUCCAGUGCUUGAUGCUGUGAAAAUGUUAAAAUGUGUUGUUUACUUUGUAUGAUUGGGAUUUCUUUUUGUACUUGCUCAUAAUGUUUUUUUUUCUGUUCAUUAUAUCUUUUUAUUUACUUUUGUAGUUUAUUAUUGUUGCAACAAAAUUCAUAGCAUUCCCCUAUAUAGUGUUCCAGAUUAUCCAGUCCAAAAAGGAAGAGAAAAAUUUUAUUCAGCAUUAGUUUUCAAAGAGAAUAUAACAUUCAGUGAUUUUCUUAUAAAAUGUUAAUGGUGUGAUUGUGAUUAAUUUAAUGGUAAGCAAAAAAUAAAGUAUCACAAUAGUACUAUUACUGGAAUUAUUGUUUUUACAACCAAUGAAGCCUUGAUACUCAGAAGAUAAAUAUCAGGGAAUUUGUUAUUCAAGAUUGUAAAUUUUUGUUUUUCUUUUCCUAAUUUUAGAAGCUAUUAAAGUCUUGUGUAUGGUAUUUCCUGAUAUAAGAGUGAGGCAUAUAUUAGAAUAAAAAUGAGUUGAUCUUGUCAGAAGAUAUAUAAACUUGUGCAAUUUCCAACUGUUUUGUUUUCUUCCUUUGAUAUGUCGGUUCCUCCACCUUCUCAAACUUUUUCUUUGAUUCUUCUUUCUUUCCUUCUCCUUUGUUUUCCUUCCUUUCUUUUCUCCUUCUCUGUUUCAUCAUCAUUAUUAUCAUUAUCGUCAUCUUCAUCUUUUUUCUCUUCCUCCUUCCCCCUUUUUUAUAUUCCCUUGUAAGUUUUAAUGCUUUUCCAAAAAUCAGACACUAAAUCAUGGCCACUCUCAUGUCUAUAGUCUCAUUUAUAACAGUUCUGAAAGGCAGGAAUUCACUCAAGCAGGCGACUGUCUUUUAUCUUUGAAGAUUAUUUACAUAAGUGAUUAUUUUCUUAAGAGUAGAAAAUAAUGAUGAGGGAAUUCAAAAGAAAGCUUAUAACAAUUGAAAUUUACACUUAAAAGUCUGUAGAUGGGAUUCUCUUAAUUUUGUAGUACAGGCCUCAUACUUUUCCCCAAAAAUUAAGUGUUUAAAAAAUUGUAUCUCCCACUUGUCUGUUAUUACCCAAAGAUUAAUUCAUUCACCUGUGAUAAUCAAUGCUCUCUUACUUUCUCCAUGUGAACAGUGAGGAAAAUUUGUCUCCUGUGGAAGUGGACCUGCCACCAUCAUGUAACAAAUGAUUCCAUGGGUAGUAUACUUUGAAAGGCAAAGUCUUGGGUAGAAGUAGAUUUUUAUGUGAAAUAGGUGUUGGAGUGUUGUAGCAUUUCUCUUCAAUUAGUGUGCUUAAAUGAUUGUUACUUACAAAAUAUGAAGAGUUCAUUUUAUGAUCAACAGAUGGUGUUAUCUGUUAGUUUUUAAAGCAAGGGAUUUCACAAAGGCAGUGUUGAGUAUUACAUGAUUUCAGAUAUGCUGUGGAAAGGGUAGUUCUUGAUGUUACUAAUACUGUAAUAAUCUAUAUGUUGUUGACAUUGAUGCAAGUUUCAUAUAUAAAGUUUAGAGGAAAUAUAUUUGUUUAACUAAUUGAA